CGAAAACUCAUUCCCCGAGGGAAGGAUUUUCCCACGUACAGUUUCCUGCUCGGCAAAAUUCCUGAUUGAACCAAUGGAAAUUCGGAGUUUCAGCAAGAGGCGGGACAACGUGAAGAUCACGAUACUAGCAGCCAAUCGGCGUCCCGUUGAAAACCUAGCAUGGAUUUCCUAGUUCGCUUGGCGUGUACCCAUGUGGGUUCAGUGUUGACUUGUACAGGCAGCUCGCUCAGGUUGAAACUGUGCGAGUAGGUUUUUUUUUUUUUACCAUGUCGUCGUCUUUUUUCAUAAAGACAAAAGAAAACUCAAAAUUUUCCAAAAAGGGGAAAAGUAUAUCGGCGCCAAAACGAAAGGGCGAUGGCGACUCCGGUGCCAAGAGCAAAGUGCGGGCGAAGAAACCCAACGCCAAGUUCAACGAAGAGAUCUCCAGCGACUCCGAGGCGGAGAGUCCCGUGGUGCCCAGGAAGAGACAGCCCGUCGAGGACAUCGACUAUGCGGAAACGCCCCAAGAGAAGAAGCUCAGAUUAGCCAAACUUUACCUUGAACAGUUGAAGGAAGCAGAUGAUAAUAAAGCAGAAGAUGAUGACUUUGAGACGGAUCUGGUUGCAGGACGACUCGAAGAAGAUGUGCUUGAACAAAAAGGAAAACUUCAGCGACUUAUUGCCAAAGAUCUCAUCCAGCCAGAUGCUUCAGAGAUCCGGGUGUUGAGAGGACACAAACUUCCAAUUACUUGUCUGGUCAUCUCCCCUGAUGACAAGUGCAUCUUUUCUGCCGCCAAAGACUGCUCCAUCAUUAAGUGGGAUGUUGAGAGUGGGAAGAAACUGCACACGAUACCUGGUGGAAGGAAAGGUACAGAGGAUCGGCAUGUUGGACAUACAGCACACAUCCUGUGCAUGGACAUAUCAUCAGAUGGAAAAUACUUAGCGACUGGAGACAUGAACAAACUGAUCAUGAUUUGGGAGGGAGAAACCUGUAAACAUCUCUAUAAAUUCACAGGACACAAAGGCCCUGUGUCGGGUCUUUCUUUCAGGAAGGGAACUCAUGAUCUGUACAGCGCAUCUCAUGACCGCUCAAUCAAGGUCUGGAAUGUGGAUGAGAAUGCAUACGUGGAAACUCUCUUUGGGCAUCAGGACGCAAUCACAGGACUGGACAGUUUGAGCCGUGAGCGCUGUGUGACAGCAGGCGGACGGGACCGCACUGUGAGGGUGUGGAAGAUAGCCGAGGAGUCUCAGCUCGUCUUCCACGGCCACGAGAGUUCAAUCGAUUGUAUCCAGCUGAUAAACGAGGAGCACAUGAUAACAGGAGCUGAUGAUGGCUCUGUGUCUCUUUGGAGUGUCAACAAGAAGAAGCCUCUCAGCACAGUGAAGCAGGCUCACGGUUGCCAUGGUGAUGCCGCGCUGGAGCAGCCUCAUUGGGUCGCAUCAGUAGCUGCGCUUCAAAACUCGGAUACCGUCGCCUCAGGUGCCUCUAGCUGUUCACACAACUCGCAUGUGCAGCUCUGGAAGUGUGGCCAGUAUUACCGUAGGCUGGAGCGACUGUUCAGUGUACCAGUGUCUGGUUUCGUCAACAGCCUGAAGUUUUCGAGCUCCGGGCAAUUCUUGGUGGCAGGAGUGGGACAGGAGCACAGGUUGGGCCGAUGGUGGAGGCUAAAAGAGGCCAAGAAUGGGAUCUAUAUUAUUCCUCUCAAAAGGAAGCCUCCUAAUCCAGAGGAAAACAAAAUGGCUGAGUAGUGGACUGUUAGGUGUCUUUUCUUUUGUAAAUUAAAGGUUUAAAAACUG